UGCGUGGUAGUAAAGGGAAAGUAGUAAUGUGACCGAAUACGACAUGGACUAAAAGAUCACAUGACAAAAUUCACCGUCAUAACCACCGUCAUCAGUCAGCACACAGCACAGCUAUAAAACCUCGACCCUUUCUCCCCCUUUUUAUUCAUAUCAAUAUAUCGAUCGCCCCCUAAUUUCUUAUUCAUCUUUCAAGAUUUGUGAUUUUAUUCCUGCAAUUCCCCCUUUUCCCUGCUCGUUCUUAAUCCUGUUGUGAAUGGUGGAAAUCUCGAGCGCGAAAUUUAUGGUCAUCCCUUCUUCUUCUUCCAGAAGGGGGAUCUCGAUCUCGACCGACGACUCUUUCUGCUUCGGCUCGUUCCUGGAGGGCUGGUACUACCGCUGCCUCGGCCUCGACCCGUGAAUCCAUCGAUCGCAGAUUUCCGAUCUUUCUCGUUUUUCUUUCUUUUGAAUUUCGUGACUGCUUUUUUUCCCUUUAAUUUCGAAUUUUUGAGUGGAGAUAAAUCGUUGGGUGGGAAAUCGGAGAAGAAAAGAUGUUGCUCAAACAGAAGAAGAAUCAGCCCUUGAAGGGAAAUAGGUUUUUGAUUAGCGUUACUGUUCUGGGUAGUGCUGGGCCGAUUAGGUUCGUGGUUAACGAAGACGAGCUUGUGGCUGCUGUGAUUGAUACUGCUUUGAAAUCGUAUGCCCGCGAGGGCAGGCUCCCGAUUCUUGGAUCUGAUCUCGAUAAUUUCAUUCUAUAUUGCCCUAUUGCUGGAACUGAAGCUCUUAGUCCAUGGGAGAUGAUUGGGUCUACUGGUGUCCGCAAUUUCAUGCUGUGCAAGAAGCCUCAAACUGUGAAUUCCAUUGACGGUGGAAAAUCAUCUGCUCCCAUUACAGCAAUGUCUAGAAAGGGGUCUGGAAGUUGGAAGGCUUGGUUUCAUAAAUCUCUCAAUCUGAAGAUAUCUUCUCAUUGAAUGGAACUGUUACUUCUGCUUCUUUGGGAAACGUUUGAAAACUUUUUAUUGGUGUUUUUACGAUUGAUUGUCUUUCUUGUGAUGUUUGGAAGUUUUGCAUAUGGUCACGGGUCUGUGAUGAACAUUCCAAAAACCUUUUGGUUUUGCCGGUUUAAUAAAGUGAUUAUUGUUUGCCAUUGUCUUUCUUAAGGCUGGUGAUUGUGUGAGCAAAGUUUCGUUAGUUUUGAAAAUCACCUUCAUGAGUAUGGAUUAGAUGUUUAUGAGAUUUUCGGAAUGCAUUUUA